GGGCAGUGAGGCGAAAGGGAAGCUGGGAGGGAGGACGGAGGCCCUCCUCGCGCGUGCGCAUCGGCGAGAAAGAAGGCGCGGUCGCUCCCCUGCUCGUCCCUCGCCGCCGCGUUUGGCGCUUGCGCAGUUGCGUCGGAGGAGGCCGCACGCAGGCGUCGACUGAGGGGGGGGCCUGGCAGGCCGUCAUGGCGGCGGCGCUGGGGGUUGGCGCGGAGGGCUCAUGAGGACGCGGUCCACAGGCCCGCUCGGCGCUCUCGGCGGUAGCGAAGGCAGGCAGGCAGGCGGCGAGACGGCGGCGGGUCCCCCGCGCCGCCCCGCCCCGCGUUCCCCCGGGCCAUGGCGGGCGUCUUCGACAUCGACCUGGACCAGCCCGAGGAGGUGGCCUCGGAUGAGGAGCUGGAGGAGGGGGGUCACUUAAGUGAAAGCAUGGACCAUGGAGGAGUUGGCCCAUAUGACCUCGGCAUGGAGCAUUGCGAAAAAUUUGAGAUUUCAGAAACUAUUGUGAACAGAGGCCCAGAAAAAAUACGGCCGGAGUGUUUUGAGCUGCUGCGGGUUCUUGGCAAAGGUGGCUAUGGGAAGGUUUUUCAAGUUCGAAAAGUAACAGGAGCAAAUACUGGUAAGAUAUUUGCCAUGAAGGUGCUUAAAAAGGCAAUGAUUGUAAGGAACGCAAAAGAUACAGCUCAUACGAAAGCAGAGCGGAACAUCUUGGAGGAAGUCAAGCAUCCUUUCAUCGUUGAUUUGAUCUAUGCCUUUCAGACUGGUGGAAAACUCUACCUCAUCCUUGAGUAUCUCAGUGGAGGAGAACUGUUCAUGCAGUUAGAGAGAGAAGGGAUAUUUAUGGAAGACACAGCUUGCUUUUACUUGGCUGAAAUCUCAAUGGCUUUGGGGCACUUGCAUCAGAAGGGGAUCAUCUAUCGAGAUUUAAAGCCAGAAAACAUCAUGCUUAAUCAUCAAGGUCACGUUAAGCUCACUGAUUUUGGGCUGUGUAAAGAGUCCAUUCAUGAUGGAACUGUCACACAUACAUUCUGUGGAACAAUAGAAUACAUGGCCCCUGAAAUUCUGAUGCGGAGUGGGCACAAUCGUGCGGUGGAUUGGUGGAGUCUGGGGGCGUUAAUGUAUGACAUGCUGACUGGAGCACCCCCGUUCACUGGGGAGAAUCGAAAGAAAACAAUAGACAAAAUUCUCAAGUGUAAACUCAACUUGCCUCCCUACCUCACGCAAGAAGCCCGAGAUCUGCUUAAAAAGCUGCUAAAGAGAAACGCUGCCUCACGCCUAGGAGCUGGUCCCGGAGAUGCUGGAGAAGUUCAGGCUCAUCCUUUCUUCAGACACAUCAGCUGGGAAGAGCUUCUGGCUCGGAAGGUGGAACCCCCAUUUAAACCGUUACUGCAAUCCGAAGAGGACGUGAGCCAGUUUGAUGCAAAGUUCACCCGUCAGACUCCCGUCGAUAGCCCCGAUGAUUCAACCCUCAGCGAAAGUGCCAACCAGGUCUUCGUGGGCUUUACGUACGUGGCUCCAUCCGUACUUGAAAGCGUAAAAGAAAAGUUUUCCUUUGAACCAAAAAUCCGAUCGCCUCGUAGAUUCAUUGGCAGCCCACGGACACCAGUCAGCCCUGUAAAAUUCUCUCCCGGGGACUUCUGGGGACGAAGUGCUUCCUCUGGCGUGACAAACCCUCAGGCGCCUGUGGAGUAUCCGAUGGAGACGGGUGGCAUUGAACAAAUGGACGUGACGGUGUGUGGAGAGGCCUCUGCUCCGCUUCCAAUCCGGCAACCCAACACCGGGCCAUACAAAAAGCAAGCCUUCCCCAUGAUUUCCAAGCGACCGGAGCACUUGCGCAUGAAUCUAUGACACAAUCUAUGGCAAAUAAUUUCCAAACCUGCUGGGGUGGUGGACGGAAGAGAUGUCAGGCCUUUGCCGGCAGCCCCGUCCCAUGAGGGCGGGGCAGGAGGGCUUCUUGUGGCUUCUUUCUCAGAGUGGCAGUGUUCAAGAGGGUCAUUACACACAGUAGACUGGGAAAGAGAAGCAAAAACCCACAGAUCUUUUUUUUUCCUUCUCUGAAUCAGUGGUACAUAAAAAGAAAGGACCUUGAGCAGAACAGGGUUGAAAAGCUGUAGGUGCAACAGUUAAGAUAUUUGCAGUGCGGCCUCCUUUCCAGUCUGUCCGGGGUGAUAGCUUGAUCCUGGCAUUGUUGAGGAUAGAAUGUAACUGGCGUUGUUCUGUUAAAGGGGGGGAGCCCAUUUCUCUGGGCACGCCCGCACAGCUCCUCCUCCGGUACUCGCCUCUUGAGGAUGAAUUGACAUGCAGUCUUAUUUGGAUGGCUUCCUACAGCUGGUGUGGAAUUGAAGAGCCGAGAUAAACUCCAUUGGUAUUCCACAUGCAAAAAAACAAAAAACAAAACCCCAAUCUGAAUGAAUCUUUUUUAUAUAAAUAUAUAUUUUUCAAAUAGAUUUUUUUUCUUUUUCUCACAUUGGCUCAUUAUGGAAAAUAUCCCAAACUUGGAAAAUGCAGAAUUAAUGGUUUGAUGCACAAAAUAAAAGCGCAGACUUAAAUUUGUUUUGCUACUGAAACAAUGAAGUGGUUAAAAAGAAAACAAACCAAUUAUGUUGCUGGGAUGGGGACGGGGAGAACUUGCCCACCCUCUCUUGAUAGAAGACAUGGAUCAGGUUGAUGUCUGUGCUAAAACCUAAGGUGACGUGGAAGCCCUGCACUUCAGUCUCAUGGGUCCGGGGUCCCCUUGAGGGUCCAUAAUAAGCAGGGCCCUCUCUGCUGGCACAGAGUUCUGUGUGUGCAUCAAGAGUCCCACGGAGCUUUUGACUGCUGCAAUGAGCUUCUAUUGUACUGUCGAGCAUUUCAUCAACCUAAGCAGAAACUUUGCUGGUAAAACCUCUUUACGUUAUGCUGGUUAAAGAUUUUGAAAAAGAUGUAAACACAUUGGAAAAGGGGUACGGUGCGCACGCAAGCAUGACUAUCUUUGGCGUGUUAUCGAUUUAGGGGAAAAAAACAAUUACGCUGGUCUUGCAAAUAAGUGGCGGUGCUUAGAGAGAUGGUUCGUUUACUACAUCUCCGCUCCAUUACGCACAUCCGUGAUAAAUUACAAUAACUAUUUUCUUGCGUUGGGGAUGUCCAUCUGCUGAUUGUAUUAAAAAAAAAAGUAUUAAGAUGGCCUUCAACUGAUGUCUUCCAGAGAACUUUUUUGCAACUUUAAUUUUAGGAAAUGUUCAAAAGAUUUACUAUUUAUGUUUCUGCGAUUGUUGUUGGAAAACGAAACAAAAAAAAAUCUGUACACGUGACUUUACAGGUACAAAGAGUUAAAUAAAGGUAUAUUUACCUUAACUUAAAAUA